AUGCCUCCAAAGCAACCAUCGGGUACAGGCCGUGGCCGACCAAAAGCCACAACGAAGAAAGGCGCCAAGGCAUCAGAGCCUGAGUCUGAACCACAAUCGAGCAAUCCAUUUGAGCUCUCAGAUGACGAUAACGACAGACAAGGGAACUCAACGCGGGAAGCAGAAGCUGUGGAAGAAGAGGAACCCGACAAGUCGAUUCCGCCAGAGCUGCUCACACGGUUGCUGCACGAAUUCUUUGCUAAAGAUGCGACACGAAUAUCAAGAGAUGCAAACGCCGCGGCGGGCAAAUACUUUGAUGUAUUUGUGAGAGAGGCUAUUGCGCGAGCGGCUGUCGAGAAGGAUGGCGGAUUUCUCGAAGUUGAGGACCUGGAGAAAGUAUCGCCACAGUUGUUGCUGGAUCUUUGA